AUGCCAUCCUUUGACCCAGAAGUUGGAGCUGUGCGAAGUCAUAAAAUUAGCGUUCGUAUGCCGGAUGUUGAUAUGAACAGCAGUGAUACCCAAAUGGAUUUAGUUGAUCCGCUAUGUGAACCAUGUGCAGUUUGCGGUGAUAAAUCAACUGGAACACAUUAUGGAGUUGUCUCAUGUAAUGGGUGUAAAGGUUUCUUUCGGAGAACGAUCCUCAGAAAUCAGAAAUUUACUUGUCGUUUCAAUAAAAGGUGUGUGAUUGAUAAAAAUUUCCGUUGUGCAUGUCGCUACUGUCGCUUUCAGAAGUGUGUUGGUGUUGGAAUGAAACGAGAAGGUUUAUCCAUUUGCACAGGCAGUAUCAUAAUGGUGCACUAUAAACCGAUGUUCAUUGCAGCAAUACAGUUUGAACGUGAUUCAAUAGGUUCUCCGAAGAAGCGACGAGAAAGUAACUCACCAUGUGCUGGAACGCAUCCGCUUGAUAGUAAUAAUGUUAAUGGUAGCGCAACACGUUUAUCACCAGUUGCAACAAACUCAUCAGCAAAUACCAUACCACGAAAUGGUGUUAUUGAUACGUUAAUGGAGAUGGAGGCUCGUGUUAGUUCAGAGAUGUCAAUUCGUUAUCGAACAUCUGUUAUCACUUCAUCAGAUUCCUUGCAUAGUAGUGUUCCAGAAAUGGGUGGUUCAUCUAGUGCGUUCUCACAACCUUGUCGUCCGUGUACGGUUGACGAUCUUAAUGAAAUCUCUCGAACAACACUUCUUCUCAUGGUAGAAUGGGCAAAAAACCUUUCUCCUUUCCCUGAUUUGGCCAUGGACGAUAAAAUAAUAUUAUUAAAGAACUAUGCCCCACAACAUUUGAUCCUAAUGCCAGCAUUCCGCUCUCCUGAUACAACUCGUGUUUGUCUAUACAACAAUACCUAUAUGAGUCGCGAUCAGAGUGCCGAAUUGAACGGUUUUGCGGCGUUUAAAACGAGUAACAUAACGCCUCGUGUACUCGAUGAGAUCGUUUGGCCAAUGCGUCAAUUACAAAUGCGAGAAGAAGAGUUUGUAUGCCUUAAAGCACUUGCAUUCCUUCAUCCUGAAGCUAAAGGCCUAUCUUCAUCUGCUCAGUCUGUGGUUCGUGAGGCACGCAAUCGUGUGUUGAAGGCUUUAUAUGCUUUCAUUGUUGAGCAGUUUCCUGAAGAGGCACCCACUCGUUAUGGAAAUAUUCUGUUAUUGGCACCUGCACUGAAGGCAUUAACACAACUACUCAUCGAAAAUAUGACACUUACAAAAUUUUUCGGCUUGGCUGAAGUGGAUUCUCUACUGUCUGAGUUUAUUUUGGAUGAUUUGAACGACCAUAAUCCAGCACCAGCUUCGUUACAACAUCAUCUCACUUCAUCAUUUCCACCAACCUCUACCACAACUACUUGUUCCGAUGCUUCAGAUUCUCAACAAAGGGUCAUGACCAUUCUGUAA